CUGGGUGGAGGAUCUAAGAGCUCGACUAGUGGUGUAGGGGUGCAGAAGGUCACUAAUGUAUUGUGGAGCCUGGAUAUGUAGCGCUCUAUAAGUGAGCACCAAAAUUUUAAAAUGAAUUCUAAAAUUUACUGGAAGCCAGUGCAAAGAGAUUAAAAUAGGAGUUGUGUGUGACCAUCUGUUGGAUUGUGUUAAAAGCCUAACAGCAGCGUUUUGGACAGUUUGUUGUAUGGAAGAUUUAUUAAGACAGCUCAAUGGCAGCAAUGCGAACCGGCAGCAGUACAAACAAGAAAUCUGGCCAGCCAGAGCAGACGCUGAGGCACAUCACUUUCAUGGAUGACAACCAACACUUAGCUGCCUCUUUCGGACAACACUCUGGGCCGUUGGACACCACACAGCAGCAGUGUAACGUCCUCCCUGGAAACUAUCCAGAAAACUCAAUGAUUGUCCGUGAGGCGCUGAGGAUGAACCUCCCUCCUCACCUGGUCCUUGGGAAAGUCCAGCGCAGGGUUCAAACCCACGGAGCAAAUUAUACUGAAAUGAAGGAGCUAGUGGCAGACCUGUUUGCAACAAGCGACAGGUCCAACUCCACAGAGAACCAAGAGGUUCCCAUGGAAACAAACCAGCUGGAGGACGCGCUGAUGAUGAACAGUGAGUUGGUGAAGAAAACUCUGCGGAUGGGUGUGCCUCCUCAUCUGAUCAAGACAAAGGUUCGUGCUAAGAUCUUAACCAACGGAGUCGGAUACGCUGAUGUCAAUGAGCUGCUCACAGAUCUGGAUGUAAAGUAGAGGAAAAAUUACAAAUGUAUCAAUAAAGUUUACAUAUUCAUGCAUUGCAUAGCUGGUGAUGCUUUUGUUCAGAACGUACCAUCCUUCCAGAGUUUUCUUCUCCAGAAUAAGCAAGUGAGCUGUGGGACAAACCAGUUUUUAUUGUCUUUAGUUCUCUUUAGUUUAGUCUGGGAGUCUGGGACAAGUCUUCUUGGGACGUCGACUGGAGCCUGAUGGGCUGGUUGAUGGUUAUAAUCAACCUGGUGCACCUUGGUACUGCUUUAAAGAGAAAAAGUUUGUGUGUAAAGUCUCUUAAUUUCUCAGUAACUACUAAGUAGUUUCAAACUUGUGAUUACUAAAUCAUUCUGCACCAUUAAAAUUUAAGAAAUGUCUUAGCAAACUAAUUCUGGUUCAGGAUGUAAUGUCUUCGCUUGAUUUAUGCUGCCUACCUUAUGUUUGCUUUUUGAUCCUAUGGUUGCUUGUUUGUUUAUUUUUGUGGCUUACAUUACUUUUGUAUUUACUUAUAAUGCGUAUUGAGGUGAGAUUCCUUCUAUAAUGUAGUAAUGGGCAGGAAACACCAUGUCUUCAGUGACAUCAUCGACAAACACUCAGAAGAGAGAACAAAAAGAAUCAUAUUUUGUUUACUUUGUUGUUGUGUCAUAUAUGUUGAUAUGUGUGUGAGGUGAACUGUUUCUUUUUUUGACUGAGCUGAAUUUAAUGAGCAUUAGUGCAUGUUUUCAUGGUUUGUUGUUGUUGCUCAGUCUGGUUAUUUUAAGUGGGCUAGUAUUCACUGUGUAUAGAACAGGGCAUUUUACUAUCAUUUUACC